UCUCUCUCCACACUAUAUCUGUUCAAUCAAUUGUACCUCGUUCCCUCUCAUACAAUUCUCCUCCCUCACAAUGAGCGCUCCCAAGGUUGCUGAGAACAUGCUCUGGGGUGGCCGUUUCACCCAGGGCCUCGACCCCCUGAUGGUCCAGUAUAACAUGUCCCUGCCCUACGAUCGCAUCCUCUGGCGUCAGGAUAUCGCCGGCUCUGUCGCCUUUGCCCGCGCCAACACCAAGUCCGGCAUCCUCUCCGAGCACGAGUUCGCCGAGAUCGAGCGCGGCUUCAAGCAGAUUGCCGAGGAAUGGAGCACCGACUCCUUCGUCGCCAAGGAGAACGACGAGGACAUCCACACCGCCAACGAGCGUCGCCUGUCCGAGAUCAUCGGCAAGGACAUCGGCGGCAAGCUGCACACCGGCCGCUCGCGCAACGAGCAGAUCGCCACGGACAUGCGCCUGUGGCUGCGUGACGAGCUGCGCAAGCUCGACGCCUUCCUCUGCGACCUGAUCAAGGUCUCCAUCGCUCGCGCCGAGUCCGAGAUCGACUACCUCAUGCCCGGCUACACCCACCUGCAGAAGGCCCAGCCCGUCCGCUGGAGCCACUGGAUGCUCUCCCACGCCACCGCCUUCGCCAGCGAGCUGCAGCGUCUGCGCGAGGUCACCAAGCGCGUCAACCGCAGCCCGCUCGGCACCGGCGCCCUCGCCGGCAACCCCUUCAACAUCGACCGCGAGGCCAUGGCCGCCGAGCUGGGCUUCGAGGGCCUGCUCUACAACUCCAUGAACGCCGUCGGCGACCGCGACUUCGCCAUGGAGACCAUGCAGUGGGGCAGCUCCUUCAUGCUCAAGAUCUCUCGCUGGGCCGAGGAUCUCAUCAUCUACAGCAGCCUGGAGUUCGGCUUCGUCCGCCUCUCCGACGCCUACUCCACCGGCUCCUCCCUCAUGCCCCAGAAGAAGAACGCCGACAGCCUGGAGCUGCUCCGCGGCAAGGCCGGCCGCGCCUUCGGCCAGAUGGCCGGCCUCAUGUGCACCAUCAAGGGCCUCCCCACCACUUACAACAAGGACCUGCAGGAGAGCGUCGAGCCCCUCCUCGACCACAUCAAGACCGUCGGCGACAGCAUCCAGAUCGCCACCGGCGUCCUCUCCACCCUCACCGCCAACCCGGAGAAGAUGGUCGCCGCUCUCGCCCCCGAGAUGCUGGCCACCGAGUUCGCCGACUACCUCGUCCGCAAGGGCGUGCCCUUCCGCGAGGGCCACCACAUCUCGGGCCGCGUCGUCGCCCUGGCUGAGGACUUGAACGUGCCCAUGGACAAGCUCUCGUUCGAGCAGCUCAAGGGCAUCGACGCUCGCUUCGACGAGGACGUCCAGGCUUGUCUGGACUACGAGCGUGCCGUCGAGCUCAAGGACGCCAUCGGUGGCACCAGCCGUCGGGCGGUUCUGGAGCAGACUUCCGUCCUCAGGUCGCUGCUGUAGAUUCCGUACCCGUGCUCGGCAAAAGAAACUUUUCACUUUGGCUUUUCGGGUGUUUAUGUCAUGAGAUAUGUAGUAAAAUAUAGACCAAGAAGUAUAUUUAUCGUUGG